UGUAGGCGGACGUUUGCUUUAGACGGUAAUGAGAGGUUGGAGGGAGCUUGGAAAGUGUUUCAAACGCGACUCCAGCCAGAAAUUGGGGUCGUUCCCAGUGCAGGGGGGAUCGGAGGAUUAAAGGCAAGACUGGGACGGCUUCUGUAUGUGCUGAGGAGUGGCGGUGCGGGAGGGUAGGGGCUGCUUCUUAUUGAUCGGAGAAGUUUGAAGUGGAAGCUAGGUGUGCCCGACCUAAACCUGCUGGGGCUGUUGGAGUGGAGUCUGCCAAUUAGCAAACAUGCCAGCCGCCGCCGACGCCGGGGAAAGCAAGAGGUUCCGACCGAGAGAGAGUAUCUCAUUCUCCGAGCGGCGAGCGUCCGUGUCCUCGGAGGUUGUGUACAAUGAGCUGAGAGAAAGCUCAGGCGACACCCUGGUGCCGGGUUUGAUGGACCUGCUGACACAAUUCGCUAAGGCGUUCAGCUACCUCUUCCCCGUCUACCUGACCGGAUACUUCGGAUUGAGCCUCACCUGGAUCGCCUUCGGGCUCAUCCUGUGGAUCUGGUGGAAGAGGAACAGAGGCUGGAAAUUUGCGCGUUGGCAAACAGCAUUGCAGUUUCUGGAGGAUGAAAAGUUUGUGAUUACUAAUGAGAUUAAGCAAGAUCUUCCAGCCUGGGUUCAUUUUCCAGAUAUUGAAAGAGUGGAAUGGUUGAACAAGAUUGUUAAACAAGCCUGGCCAUAUUUUGGGAUGUAUUUGGAGAAAUUCUUUAAAGACAACAUUGAACCUUCGAUAUGUAGAUCAAAUGUUUGCCUGAAAACUUUCAACUUUGCAAAGCUUAAUUUUGGAGAAAAGCCACCCAGAAUCUCCGGUGUUAAAGUGUACACAGAUCAAGUGGACAAGCGGCAAGUGAUCAUCGAUUUGCAAAUUAGCUAUGUAGGAGAUUGUGAAAUUAACGUGGAGGUGAAGAAAGUAUGUAAAGCUGGACUGAAGGGAAUGCAGCUACACGGUACACUCAGAGUGAUCCUAGAGCCUUUAUCUAAUCAGAUGCCCCUGGUUGAAGCUGUGACUUUAUUCUUCAUUCACCGACCAGUUCUGGAAAUCAACUGGACAGGGCUGACCAACCUAUUGGAUAUUCCUGGUUUCAAUGAAUUGUCAGACACAAAGAUUCUUGAUACUAUUGCUUCCUACAUGGUCUUGCCUAAUAGAUUCACCUGCCCACUAAUUAAUGGUGUCAAUGUUUCUCAGCUACGGUUUCCUUUACCACAUGGUGUGGUGAGAAUUUAUCUAAACAAAGCUGCUGAUUUGAUCAGCAAAGACACAUACCUUAUGGGCAUGGUACAAGGGAAGUCUGAUCCAUAUGCUCUUAUUCGAGUCGGCACACAGACAUUUCGCAGUAAAACAAUUAAAGUAAAUUUAAAUCCUGAAUGGUAUGAAAUCUAUGAGGCAGUAGUUCAUGAGGCCCCUGGUCAGGAUUUGGAGUUGGAACUUUUUGAUGAAGACCCAGACAAAGAUGACUUCCUUGGCAGCCUCGUUAUAGAUCUUGGUGAGGUGAUGAAAGACAGAGUUGUGGAAGAAUGGUUUCCUCUGAAUGAUGUGGAACAUGGGAAAGUUCAAUUAAAGCUUGAAUGGCUGUCUUUGGUCACUGAUCUAGAAAGAGAACCUAAGAAGACUCUUCCAGGACAAUCAAAUGCAAUACUGGUUGUUUAUCUGGAUAGUGCAUGCCAUCUGCCUAGAAAUCAAUUUGAGUACACCAAUAAUGAGUCCAGUGUGAAGAAAAAGAACAAAUUAAACUACAUCAAGUCAAUAAAGAAGGCUAACUCAGAACCUAGCUGUUCUGUUCAACUUGUUGUUGGAAACAGCAUGCAAGAAAGUAAGAUUUGCUACAAUACCAGUUCACCAAUUUGGGAACAAGCAUUUGUAUUCUUCAUCAAAAAUGUUCACUCCGAACAGCUAAGCUUAGAGAUCAAAGACAAAGACUGGGAGUGUGCCCUUGGGAUCUUGACCAUUCCUUUGUAUCAAUUGUUGAAAGCCUCAAAUCUGACCCUUGACCAAAGGUUUCCACUGGAACACUCGGGCCCCAACAGCCUUGUAAAAUUGAAGAUGGUACUUCGGAUACUCACCACUGAGGAACCAGAUCCUGACAGUGUCAACACAGGACUGAAUGCCCUUAAAAAGGGUCCUAUUUCAAUAAAGAAAAAGAAAAAUGGAAGCCAGCCUAACACUCCUCCUCCAACUUUAGAAUCACCAGACGUUCCAGAGACAUGUGGUAAUAGUACAGUAUGUGACCCGAUGGAGAAAGAAGAAAGGCAGUCUAAAGACGGUGAUGAAAUUAAAUCAGAACUGCCAAUAUCUCCAACACAGUCCAGCUCCUCGGAUGCCUUAAAAGAUAUGACUAGGACUACUGUUGAAUCGUCACUCACCAUUUCUACCCUUGAUCCUCAGCAGCUGACAAAUGGUGUGGCCCUGAAUGAAGAAUCUUUAGGCAAAAUCCAGCUCACUGUGCGAUAUUCUACUGCACGCCACAGUCUGAUUGUAAUUGUUCAUUGUUGCAGAAGCCUGAUAUCUUGUUCAAAUGAUGGAUCAGAUCCAUAUGUACGACUUUACCUUCUUCCUGACAAAAGCUGGUCAGGCCGGAGAAGAACGCACGUCAAAAAGAAGACUGUGGAUCCACAAUACGAUGAAAAAUUUGAGUUUACAGUUUCAAUAGGUGAAAUUCCAAAACGCAAAUUAGACAUUGCUGUAAAGAACAACCGAUCAUUUGGUUCCCAUGAGAGGAAAGAACUUGGAAAGGUUUUGAUUGACAUCCCAAAUGAUAAAUUAACCCCAGGUUUUACAGAAUGGUAUAAACUGACCAAUGAUGGAUUGCCAAGAACAGCAACAGAAAACCUUUAAUGCUAUUAAUUCAAAGGCUCACUUGAUUUUCAGUGGUUUUGUUUGGAGAAAGAUCUGUAUAUUUUUAUGUUGAAUCACUGAACAAGCAUGCUGUUAAGACUUGAUAUUUAAAUAUUUUCUUUAAUGUCAAAGGACCACACUAUAAGAGACAGAACUGCAUAUAUGCCUAAAUUUCAUGUCCAAGAGGAUCAGUUCUUUCAUUAAGCCAUUUGCUGUAAUAACAGCUGAUGGUGAGGAGUUAAUUUGAACAUAGCAAAGUAGCUAAGGCUUUUUUGCGGACAUAGAGCUACAUAGUAAAUUAUUCAUACCCCUUGAAUAUUUUCCCUAUUCAAAUGUAUUUAUAGGAAAUUGAAAAUGUACUUUAAAUUGUCCUGUACUUUACUGUUUAUCUCAGGCAAGAUUUAAGUAUUUAAAGUCUAGCAACUUUCAUUAAACCAACAAAAAAAAAUCUACAUUCCCAAUUUCAUUCCUGAAUUUUAAGAUUGAUCCAUAUAGUGUACAUGCAGAAACACUCAAAGAUCCUUUUGUAGCAUCUCAAUUAAAGCACUACAUAACUGAAGCUUAUACAGUUUGAGAGGGUAAGCAACCUAUCCUCCGUUUAGCCUUUUAAAACACCAAUAUUAUUGGAUUUAGAGAAACAGUGGUCAUUUGUGGUGUGAAGCCAGAAGUGAUACACAGUAUUCAAGAUGGUGACCAGUCAAGGCUUUUGGGUGUGGGGAUGGGGGUAAGUGGGCAAAAAGGGGUGUAGGUCAAAGUCAAAUAAUGGAGCUUAAGUACAGAUCAGCAUAACCCAAUUGAACAGUUAAAUAGGGACAGGAGACUGAAUAAUCCCAAGAGCAUGAGUAAACCGUACAAACCUGCUCCACAAUUUUCAAUGUGACCAUGCUGAUCUUUGGAUUUUUCCUGUGAGUAGCUUUUCCUUGUUCUAUCCCAUUUAAAAUCUAGGGUAAUAUUUCAUGAAAUUUUAGUAACCAUUCACCAAUGUGUUCAUGGACUCUGAUUCUUUUCCCCUCUACUUUGCCAUCUCUCAGGCUUAAAGAAAUAUUCUAUGUAUGUUGUAAAGCCUGCAAAAUUUUAGAGAAAAUUUUGAGAACUCAAUGUGCCAUAACAUUCUUAUCCUGGUUUUGACACCCAUUUUGUACUGAACUCCUUCGUACUAUCAAUUUUUCCUCAGUUCACUCAAACUUAAAUAAAAAUCACAUUCCUGAUGUUAGCUUGAAAUAUAUACACCAGAUAAAAUUGAUUUUUACUAGUACACUGCGUUAACUUUGAUAUUUCCCUAGAUCUUACUAAAUUAGAAACAAACAUUUAAAUAAGAUUUUAUUUUUAAGCACAUUUCUUGAUUUGAAAAACCAACUUUUUGUAUGAAGUACUUCUAAUUUUGGAGCUUGAAUUAUCUGGUCACAAAAUAGUGAGUCAUGUUAAAGAUUCACAUUAAUGGAUUAUGGAAAAUCAUUUUUAAAAGAACUGAUUGCAACAUAUUUAAUUGUUGUAGGAACUGGCCAAAUAUUGCCAGUUAACACUUAUAUUAAGGAAAACAGGUCUAUUUUUAUCAGUGUUUACAUUUGUAAAUGUUAUUUGAUGUUGGUUAGAGUAUACUGCUUUAAAGGAUAUGCUCAUAGACUGAGCAUAGCCACUGAAUUAUGAUUUGCUAUUUAUUAGCAGCUGUAAAUAAACAGAUUUCAUAUGAACUGUUUACUUAAUCUUGUUC